GAUUAGAAAUAAAUCAAAACAUGUAAUUAUGAAGAGAGGCGUUUCUCUUGUGAGAGUUUUGAGAAUGUGAGAGAGCCGCACACGUGGCAAUCUCUGAUAGGUUGAUUAAACUUAACAAAAAUAAAAAAAACCCCUCUCUCUUCAUUUCUUCAUCUCGUCGGGAAAUAGAGCUCCCCAAUUCUAUCUCACCAUUGGAGAUGCUCUAAAAGCACACAAUUUAAUCGGUAAAAAAGAAAAGAAAAAAUAGCGACUCAACGAAUCUGACUCAAAAAGUUACAAACUCUGUUCACUAAGUGGUUUCUUGGAGCUUUCUAGGGUAUAUUGGAGACAAGAAAUUCUCUUUUUCUUUCUUUUUAACAAUUCACAACAAAUAAAAAACUACUUUUUCAUGAUAAAAGGUAACAACAAUUCACAACAUGUGUUUGGUUUCUCUCAUAGAUUUGGUUCUUUUUGUCUGAUCAAGACAUAAAUAAUUUUUGUUCCCGACUUCGAAACCAACGAUGAUUAUAUCAUCCCACAUUCUUCUUCUUCUACAUCUUCCUCCUCCUUGAUCUCAUUUCCCUAGAAAAUCCAUACAUCAUGGGUGAAGAUGAUAUUGUGGAGCUCUUAUGGAAGAGCGGCCGAGUCGUUCAAAGCAGCCAGACACAGAGACCUUCUUCCGAUCCUCCUCCCAUUCUCCGCGGCAGCGGAAGCGGCGGCGGAGAAGAAGAAGAAAAUGCCCCGCUUCCUCCACCUCCACCUCUGCCUCCCCUGCAUCAUCAAAAUCUCUUCAUUCAAGAAGACGAAAUGUAUUCUUGGCUUCACCAAUCUUACCGCCAAGAUUAUUUAUGCUCCGAACUUCGCUACUCCGGCGUCGCCUCCAAUCCGGCUACUCACCCGCAAAGUUCCAUCUCUCCGGCACCAUGUCCUUUUGCUCCAUACGAUCAGCGGGGUCAGACUAUCGCCACGAGAAGGGUGGAGAACUUUAUGAACUUCUCGUGGCUAAGAGGGAACAUAUUUACUGGCGGUAGAGUUGAAGCUGGAGUGGUGAGAGAAUCGAUCCAGUUGGGUUCGAGCACGACCCCUUCGUCUUCGGCCACUGAAUCAUGUGUAAUACCAGCGACAGAAGGCACCGAGAGUCGAGUGUCACAAACUUUGGCAGUUCCUGGUCUUGGUCAGAAGGGAAAGGCGGUGGUGAUUGAGACGGCCGAAACACCAUCUUCAGGAGUGUGCAAGGCCGAAACAGAGCCGGUUCAGAUACAACCAGCAACCAUUGUCGAAAUCCAGGUGAGUCAGAGCUUCCAUAGGUUAACCUACGCACCCAUGUUAGGAACUGAAGAAGCUCGUGGUUCAAUGUCUAGGAAGAGGUCAAGAACUGCAGAAAUGCAUAAUCUCGCCGAAAGGAGACGGAGAGAAAAGAUCAACGAGAAUAUAAAGACUCUGCAAGAACUAAUUCCUCGCUGCAACAAGUCCACUAAAGUUUCAACGCUGGAUGAUGCUAUCGAGUACGUCAAAUGGCUACAGAGCCAAAUACAAAUGAUGUCGACAGGACAGGGUAUGAUGCCGCCAAUGAUGUAUGCAGGGAAUACGCAACAGUUCAUGCCCCACAUGGCCAUGGAUAUGAACCGGCCUCCGCCAUUCAUACCUUUCCCCGACACACCAUUUCCUAGGCCGGCUCAAAUGGCGGAUGUAGAUCCAUCAUAUCCAGCACCGCGCUACCCUUUAUCCGGCAUUCAAACCUUUGACCCAUCCAGAGUCCAUUUACGAAGUCCGCAGCCUAACCCGGUGUCGAACCAGCCACAGUUUCCGGCUUACAUGAAUCCCUAUAGCCAGUUUGCUGGUCUCCACCAGUUGCAACAACCUCCUCCUCCUCCAUUUCAGAGUCAAACAACAUCACAAAUGAGUUUCGGGCAGGCAAGUUGUACUAAGGAACCUGAGGAUCAAGACAACCAACCAACAGGUUGCAAGGUGGUCAGAGGUAUUUGUGCAUCCACAACAGCAUCACGCUUAAGAUUCCUCGAUGCGGUCCCUUUGUUAGUUAGUAUCUGAGGUCCUUGCUCUCUGGUUCCACGGUGACCAAAUGUUCGACUAAUUAAACACAUAAUGACCUAAGCAAAGUACAUGUCCAUCCACGUCUUUAUGUUCCAAAUGUGACUGUUUGUUUAAAUUUAUUUGUAAUUAUUUUCUUAUAAUAAAAAAGCUAUAUUUUCGUUAAA